GGGCCGCUGUGCGCGCAGCCUGUGGCGUCAAAGCGCCCGCGGUGUCCAUGGAGAGAGGUUGAGGUGGCCUCGCUCCGGCCCGAGCACCCGGCGCGCCGCGGCGACCAUGUCGGCGUCGUUAGUCCGGGCCACCGUCCGGGCCGUGAGCAAGCGCAAGUUGCAGCCCACGCGGGCCGCCCUGACUCUGACACCUUCAGCAGUAAACAAGAUAAAACAGCUUCUUAAAGACAAACCUGAGCAUGUAGGCCUGAAAGUCGGUGUCCGAACCAGGGGCUGUAAUGGCCUCUCUUAUACCCUUGAAUAUACCAAGACAAAAGGAGAUUCGGAUGAAGAAGUUUUUCAAGAUGGAGUAAGAGUAUUCAUUGAAAAAAAAGCACAGCUGACACUUCUAGGAACAGAAAUGGACUAUGUUGAAGACAAAUUAUCCAGUGAGUUUGUGUUCAAUAACCCCAACAUCAAAGGCACGUGUGGCUGUGGAGAAAGCUUUAAUAUCUGACGCCACAGACUGGCUCUGGCCAUGCAUUCCGGAAGGAGACCCAAGGCUUGCCGACACUAUCAUGUGAUUGCCACCCACUUAAGGCUUCUAAAGAGUCCUCUGAGGAAAUAAAGUGACGCAUUUGAAAACAAAACCGGUGUAUUUGUCCAGGGGACAGAAAACGCCCGCUAGUGCUCUCUGGGUCAUGUUUCUGAGUUGUCAGAGGGAAGCCUGACCCUUUCUCAUAACUCUCUGUGUCUUUUGUGUUAGAACCAGUUGUGUAAGAGUCGCUUUCCUUGGAGAAUUUUAAGAAACAUAAAUAACUGGUUUGUGCUCAGUAGUGUUCAGUGGCCAGAAUGUGCACCCCCCCAGAUGAGAGAGGUUCAGCGUCUGAGGUCCUGGCUGCUGACGUGGGGUGCUGACACUUACUUUCCUACCCAGCAUCUCCUGCCUGGCCUUUGCACUUUCUCAUCACAGCUGCUUCCUUGAACUGCACUGCAGAAAAGAGAACACCUCAGCCUGCCUAUUUUAAAUCAGUUCUCUUGCCACACUAAAUGUGCAAAGGCAAGAUCUCAAGCUGAUACCAAUCUUUGAAAUGAAAGGUCUCUUAAACCCAACUGCCCCAUCCCCAGAGUUUGCUCCCAAAGGGAGAACCUGCAAAAAGAUGAAGGACUUUUUUGCACCUUUGCCUAUGGGGUUGGCAGAGCCAGACCAUUCUAGGCCUACCCAUACUUCCCUGUGGGGGGCUGCAGGCAGCUGAGGACAUCAGGAAAGCUUAAUAAGUGAUUCGGCUGUUGGAGAAAAUUUUAUAGCUUGUUGGACAUCGACACAAUUAUUUUGAGUGAGAAUGUGUUUUGACUCAUUUGUGUAAAUCACCAUCUUUCAAGCUACUUUAUGAGUAGCAGGAAGAGAGAUUAGUCAUGACCUGGAAUCACUCUGGCAUCGUCACAGUGUAAUGGUAAAGUAGGGCCUGGGGAUCUUCUCUCACAAAUCCAACAUGCACACACCGUCCGUCCAGUUGCUAAGACUUAAAACCCUAUUAUUUAAACCUUAGAUUUUUGUGCCCAUAUUCCCUUUGUCAAUUAUUGACAGAUUUUCCUGGGCUUGACCUAUUAAGUAGCUUUUUUUGAAAGCUCAUUUGUGUUUAAUUGAAGCAGUUGAGUUUUGUGUCGUAUUUGCUAAAGUUCUGAUAAGCGCACGGCCUGAGGUCUAGGUAAGAGUUCAUAAGUUUGUAUCAUUAAUAGAAAUGUCUUUCCACUUAUAAUUUGUGCAAUACUCAUGUAAUGGUUAAGUUGUCAAUAAAAUAUGUGCCUAUC